GCGGCAACGCGGGAAAGCCGCCGCCAGCCCCGCCCCCCGCGGUCCCUCCGCUUUGGCGCGAACCUUCAGUUCCAGCGCUCGCCGCCGCCGCCAGCAUGGCCCCGCCGCGCCCGCAGCGUCGUUCAGCAAGGAGAAACUUCACAACCUUUCGAAAUACAAAACUGAUUCCCAUGGAAACAUCCUCAUCUUCUGAUGACAGUUGUGACAGUUUUGGUUCUGAUAAUUUUGCAAAUACUAAAUGCAAAUUUAGGUCGGAUAUUAAAGAAGAACUGGCAAAAAUAUUUCAUGAAGCCUCUGAUGAUGAAUCUUUCUGUGGCUUUUCGGAAAAUGAGGUUCAAGAUGCAUUGAAAUUGGAAUCAGAUUCAGAUGAGAAUGAUGCAAGUGCUGAAAGUGAGACCGAUCAGAGAGGGCAGAAAUGCUCUGUUCCUCUGAAAGUGGCCAUGAAGUUUCCACCUCGAAGAUCAGAGAGGAGGAAGGGUGGCAUGGAACCUGUUCCUGAAACACCGAUGCCUGCUCUAGAUUCAGACUCUGACACUGAAGAGAAUGGUGCUAUGUUUUUAGAAAAAAGAGCUUUAAACAUAAAGGAAAACAAAGCAAUGCUUGCAAAACUAAUGGCUGAGUUGCAAAAUGUUUCUGGUAUCUUUGGUGGGAGAAAAUCGUUGCCAGCUGUCAGUCAUCAGGGACCAAAGCGACUUCCAAGGCGUUCACUGCCCAAAUGUGCCUUGAGGCGGAACCCAGACCGGAGUUCUCGGCCUCACACAAGGUCCAGGUCCUUGAUUGAAGGCCCUCCUACUCUUGUACCGGAAGAGGAAGAAGAUGACCCAUACAUCUUGGUGAGAAGAAGAAAGAUGUCUGAUGAAUACCUGGAGCAUGAAGCCCGUACUCCCAGGAGGGGUCACCGUGGUGCCAUGGCUUUUCCACACGUCGUGCGCCCAGUUGAGGACAUAACACCAGAAGAGCUGGAUAAUAUCUGUGGAUCUGCAAGCGAAAAAGUAUAUAACAGGGCCUUGGGAUCCACCUGUCAUCAGUGUCGCCAGAAAACCAUAGACACCAAGACAAAUUGUCGUAACCCUGAGUGCGUGGGAGUGCGGGGCCAGUUCUGCGGGCCCUGCCUGCGCAACAGAUACGGGGAGGAUGUCAGAGCAGCACUGCUGGACCCGACAUGGAGGUGCCCCCCAUGUCGUGGAAUCUGCAACUGUAGCUUCUGCAGACAGCGAGAUGGCCGAUGUGCCACCGGUGUCCUGGUCUAUCUGGCCAAGUACCACGGCUUUGACAAUGUCCAUGCCUACUUAAAAAGUCUGAAACAAGAGCUUGGAAUGGAAGACUGAAGCUGUGACUGCCUUUAAAUUACAUAUUCUUUCACCAACAUAAUAUUAUUGCCUGCAGUGAAUUGUUUAAUCAAAUGAGAUUACAAAGUGCCUUCUCUGCUUCCCUUUCCUUUUAGGUAAAAAAGGAUAAAAACCUUUCAUUUAUUUCAGUAUAAAUCGUACUUGGGAAAGCUGUUUAGUGCAGGUCUUCACCCACAGGCCAUUGUUUUCAGACAACUUUGCAAAUCAGAUAGCAUCAGUUCUUUUUAACUUCUUUUUUUUCUUCCUGAAAGGAGAUGGGGCUUUAAGCCAUCCGUUUCACUCAAGCAGCAAUCUAUGCUGCAGGUUUACUUAUCCUCCAAAAUUGGUUACAAAAAGAUAGAGAUGUUUUGAAAACUUGGGGUGGUUUUCUCCACAGAACAAAUCAGCCAACUUCUGCAAUACAGGCACUUCAUGACCAAAUGGAAUUGUAGAAUUCUCUGAAACAACAGCAUGUUCUUAAGUUCAAAAACGAAGCUCUGUAAGUCGCAGCUGAGCAGUCUCCAAGCACUAAUAUUUGAUUUUAUAGAGUACUAAAAGUUCACACUGGCUAUUUCAAGGGAGAUUCUAUGAAUUAAAAAAUGCAGUAGAUGCUGUUUGACCUGGCACUUUCUGUUUUUGCUCAGAUGAGAGAAGGCCACUGUUGAAAGCUUCCACAGCUUCCAUUGCCUACUGGUGACAGUGAUGGGAAUGUACUGGCAUACAUUGUGUAGUGACCACUGUCUAAAACAGGAUGUUCCAUGUGGUAAAUUACUGUUUUGGUGGACUCUGUUUUCCCUGUUCCUGCUGCAGCUGCAGAAGUGCUUUGCAGAGUCAGCAGUCGUCCUGGGGAAGAGGGAUGCCUCCAGACCAGGGCUUGGUCAAGUAGAGGGGUGGCAGCUCGUGUGGCUGUUGGCCAUCUUUGCGUGGAUGAGAGGUGGUAACUUGUUUAGUUUGGUUAUCAGGAAAACAGGCAAUGAAUGUUUCUGUAUCUGGCUCUUUGUGAUUGUGGAAUGUUCUUUCACAUGACAUUUGUGAAAUGUAAGUACAGCAGAAACAGAGCUGAAGAAUUCUGAUAUGCUAAGCACAUAGGGGUCUCCUGUACUCUGUUGUAAAAAAGAAGGUGCCAUGAAAGUUGAAUCCAGAGAACCACCAAGUUUGUAAAUGUGCUUAGUUUUGUUAUGGAAACUACUGUAUAAGCUUUGUAUAAGGUUUAGAAUGUAAUGCUAUAAAUAAUGUACAGUUGAACAGUAGAAGAAUCACCAUGGGUUUACAGUUCUGUGCCUGUGCAGUAUUUGCACUGUGUGUAUACAAAAUGAUCCACAGUUCAUACCUUUCUGGGAAUUGCAUCAGUGUGUGUGGGAGGGGAGGAGAGAGGAAUUUAGAAACAACAGAUAUUUAUGUCUCAGACUUGAAGUUCUGUUUCAUAAAUCAUCUCUCCUAUUGAAAAUCUCUUGUCCUCUCUUUGUCUGUUUUUAUAGUGUGAAUAGCUGUGCAAUCUGAGGUGUGGAGAGUGCUCUUCCCUCUAGGUACAUUUUGUGAAGAAGGAACUCAUUUUAGAAAUACAUGUUCUGACAGAUAAAAGUGGUUGGUUUUUUUUUCCCUCCUAAUUGCUUGGCUUGCCUUCUGAUUGCUAGAGUGUGAAAGUACUGUGCUAAAAGCAGACCCUUGUGUUAUAUUACAGAGACUGCUGUAUUUAGAUUUCCUCAGAUCUACACUGUU